AUGCCUACUUUAUCACGUACCUAUAUUCUUUCGCUCUAUCGUUCUUUUCUUCGCGUAAUUGAACGUUGGCCAACGGAUUAUUUACGUCCAAACAGAAACUUUAAACAUGUUCUUCACUUACGUGUUACUGAAGGUUUUAGGCAAAAUCUUUCAGUUAAGGAUGCGGAUGUGCUAAGAGCUUUAGUCACGGAUGCAGAAAAUGAACUUGAUGCUUUAAGAAGGCUGGCAAAUAAUGAAUUUAAAGAGAAGUACCCACUUUCGGAUAGAAUUUAUCGACCUGCAGCUAAUCCAAAAUAUUAUUCAGGACUUGUAGCAGCGAUAGAUAAAGCAGCUAAACUGAAACAAGAAGAAGACUCAAAGCCUUCACUAUGGAAAAGAUUAUUCAAAUUUAAGAACAAGGACACGCCAAAUGAUAUUGUUAAAUUUUACGAUGUACUAUCACGUGAUGAAGAAUUUUCAAUUUUCGUGAUUUCGUUUGCAGUAGUAAAACGACUUUAG